AUGACUGCUUGGAUGCGUCGAUUUACAAAUGAUUUGAUAUCUCUGUUAACAACCGGCAAACGAACUUAUACAAUACCAUUUCAUUACCAUAAAUUAAAAAACGUAAAAUUAUCAGAGGAAAUGAUAGAUUCGGAGAAAUUUGUUACAUCCUUGAAUGAUUUUGUGUCAGGAAGUGGAAUUCUUGUACUUGUUCCUAAAUAUCUCAGAUUUUUACCUAUUAUUAGAGGUAAAGUGAAGAAAACGAUUGAUAAUCGUGAUUAUUUAUAUGGAAAAUUAAUAGGUAUAAUUAGAGAAAGAAGAAAAGAAAUUGAAGAGGCUAUUAAUGAAAAUAAGAAUACCGAGUUAAGACAUGAUAUGUUGACUUCUUUUAUUACUGCCAACACUCCAUACGACAUCAAUUCAUCAAGACAUGUGGAUCCUGAAUUAUCGAGGCCAAUGACUGACGACGAAAUACGUGCUGAUAUGUUGGACAUAUUUCUAGGUGGCACUGACACAACUUCAAAUACCUUUUCUUUUGUGUUAUAUUAUAUUUCACAUCAUCCAAAUGUUAAAAAAAGAAUGUUGGAAGAGAUCGAAUCAGUUUUAAAGGGUGAUGAAACCAGACCAAUAACAUUAGAAGAUAUUGAGAAAUUGAAAUACUGUGAAGCAAUUAUUAAAGAAACAUCAAGAAUAAGACCUACAGUUAAUAUGAUCGGGAGGUUUGGAAGUAGUGAACGUAGUGAUGAAUGA